CUUCUCCAGCAGUCCAUAAUAUCUGACAGGGCUCUCUGUGGAGCUCUGCUCAGACACGUCUAUUGGGAGAACAGACCCCAAGGGAGAGGGCAGUGCAGAGUCAUGAACCUGGUCCUGGAGCUUCUCCUGCUGGUAGGCAUCAUCAUCUACUCCUACCUGGAGUCACUGGUAAAGUUCUUCAUUCCCCGGAGAAGGAAAUCUGUGGCCGGACAAACUGUUCUCAUCACAGGGGCCGGACACGGAAUAGGCAGGCUGACUGCUUACGAAUUUGCAAAGCGAAAAAGCAGGUUGGUCCUGUGGGAUAUUAAUAAGCGUGGUGUUGAGGAAACAGCGGCCAAAUGCAGGAAGCUGGGAGCAAUUGUGCACGUGUUUGUGGUGGACUGCAGCAACCGGGCAGAGAUUUACAGCUCUGUGGAUCAGGUAAAGAAAGAAGUAGGUGACAUCGAGAUCGUGGUAAACAACGCUGGGGCAAUAUACCCAGCAGAUCUUCUUAGUGCCAAGGAUGAGGAGAUCACCAAGACCUUUGAGGUCAACAUUCUAGGACAUUUUUGGAUCAUAAAAGCGCUCCUUCCAUCCAUGCUGAGAAGAAACUCUGGCCACAUUGUCACAGUGGCUUCAGUGUGCGGCCAUGGAGUGAUUCCUUAUCUCAUCCCAUAUUGCUCCAGCAAGUUCGCUGCUGUGGGCUUCCACAGAGCACUGACUGCAGAACUCGACACCUUGGGGAAAACUGGUAUCAAAACCUCAUGUCUCUGCCCUGUGUUCGUGAAUACUGGCUUCACCAAAAACCCGAGUACAAGGUUGUGGCCUGUAUUAGAGCCAGAUGAAGUUGCAAGGAGUCUGAUAGAUGGAAUACUUACCAACAAGAAAAUGAUCUUCGUUCCAUCCUAUAUCAAUAUCUCUCUGAUACUGGAAAAGUUUCUUCCUGAACGUGCCUUAAAAGCUAUAAGUCGUAUACAGAGUAUUCAAUUUGAAGCAAUUGUGGGCCACAAAACCAAGAUGAAGUAAUGCAUGCAGAGCCACCAACAACAUAAAGCCAAGUUUAGAGUGGACACGUUUUCUUUCACACAUUUUAAAUGUUCCUCAUGUUUAAAAUGCAGGCUUGGCCCAACUCUCCUUCUGGUUUCCCAUACUUAUGGAUCUCUCAGACCCUGGUAGUGGGUUCUGGCAAUGGAGAUAUAAUAAGAUAUUGUCCAUUAUAUAACAGAAUGAAAAGACAAUUAGUGUGAUUUUAUAAAAUAAAUUAAUAAACAGAAAUAUGAGCAAAGGGGCAAGAUAAUAAAGUCUUGGACACAUGCUGACA